GUUUCCCUCCACGACCAGAUAGCUUUGUAGCUAAAUGAUGCGGAACCCGAAAACCCACACGAACAACGCAUUUAAUUUCAUUUGUUAGUAUUUAUUGAUACAUCAAACGACAUCAAUAAUCAACGUUUGUUUACGGAUAACACGCGUGGUAACGUACCUCUAUCGAGGAUAAAGUAGCUUUAAAUUGGUAUUUUUAACUGCACCAGCUUUAUGUGAGGACAAAGGCCUACUACACAUUGCUCGCUGCUUCCAAAGCAUGUAUCCCUCUUGGGGUAGUAACUAUGGUGGUGGUGGUGGUGGUGGUGGUGGUGGUGGCGGCCAUCAACCACCUUCGCAGCAGCACUUCGGUGCGCCGAGGGGUCAGUCUCCUCAAGGCGAAGGCUUCGGGGGAGGAUUCGGGGGCUAUGGAGCUGCUACACCCGCAGCUGCACCCGGGUCAACGUUCAACAGCCUGCGGGAGCAGCAUCUCCAGCAGAUGCAGCAGCUACAACAGCUCCACCAAAAACAGCUCCAAUCUGUGCUGCACCACGACAGGAACGUAGAUGAAAACCCCUAUGGCGGCAGCGGUGGUCCUACGGCCGAGUCGUGGCAAGGCAACUCGGGAUAUGGGUAUGGUUCAACGGGGACCGGUGCCCCUUCCUCAUACCAAGAGGAGUAUCAGUCCAUGCAAGGCCCUUCCCCUUAUCAAGAUGAGUAUCAGUCCAUGGAAACCGGGGCGCCAAGCCCACAACUUCAGCCACCGCAGCCCAAAGAGACCCAGCUUCCCCCAUCAGAGGAGAACCCACCCCCAUCAGAGGCGAACCCACAGGUACCCACUCAGAACAAUGGUACACCAGCGACUAAAGAGGAGCAGCAGCAGUAUUGGUACAAGCAGCAUCUCCAGAACUUGCAGAGGCUGAAAGCAGAGAAGGCCAAACAGGGCCAGGGUGAUGGCCCAGCACCCCCACCUCCCAAACCCCAGCCCCACUCGGCGGCAGCCGCCCCUCCCCCUCCAGCGGAACCACCCAAGAACGCCCCUCCACCACCACCUCCAAAAGAGGAGCCCCCACCACCACCUCCACCUGAUGACGCAAAGCCUGCGCCCAUGACCCAGGACCCAGUAGAGGUGGCCCGCCUGCAGCAGCUUCAGAGUGCAGCAGCCCAGUGGCAGCAGGCCCAGCAGCAGAGAGCAGGCUACCAGUACCAAGCCCUGAUGCAGCACCAUGCUCAGCUACAGACCAUCCUCAACCAGUACCAGCAGUGUAUCCAACAACCUGCACAGCUAGAGACAAUGUCUAUGGCCAUGCAGCUGAGUCACUAUGAGACGCAGCAGAAGCAGUUUGGCCCGGUGUUUGAAGACUGGGGCCGCACCUUCAGCCAGUGGCAAGAGCAGUUCCAGUCCUACCCACAUAAAGACCAGCUACAGAACUACGAGUUACAGUGGAAACAGUGGCAGGAACAGAUGAACUCCACCGCAGCACACCUACAGGAGAGGGUGACCACCCUGCGAGCCAUGCAGCAGCAGUACGGAGGCGGUGGUGGGCAAUACGGUGCUGACCAAUACAGUAGUAGUGACCGGUAUGGUACUGGAGGGUAUGGGGACCAGUACAGCCAAUAUGGUCAGUACCCACACUCUGGACCGGACUCGCAGAUUCAACAAGGCCCCAUGGUGAGCCCGUCUAUGCCGUCCCAGCCAGGUAGCCAGCCCUCGUCCACCUCUGGACCCAUGUCCCAGGGCCCUCCACCAGGGCAGCACGGCCCCUCCAACGCCCAACGUGUGGGAACCUCCUCAGGAGAACCGCAGCACGGCCUCUCCAAUGCCCAACGCGUGGGAACCCUCACAGGAGAACCGCAGCACGGCCUCUCCAAUGCCCAACGUGUGGGAACCCUCACAGGAGAACCGCAGCACGGCCUCCAAUGCCCAACGUGUGGGAACCCUCACAGGAGAACCGCAGCACGGCCUCUCCAAUGCCCAACGUGUGGGAACCCCCACAGGAGAACCACACCACGGCCCUCCAUGCCCCGUGGGAACCCACCAGGGUCCUCCACCAGGGCACCAGGGUCCUCCACCAGGGCACCAGGGUCCUCCACCAGGGCACCAGGGUCCUCCACCAGGGCACCAGGGUCCUCCACCAGGGCACCAGGGCCCUCCACCAGGGCACCAGGGCCCUCCACCAGGGCACCAGGGCCCUCCACCAGGGCACCAGGGCCCUCCACCAGGGCACCAGGGCCCUCCACCAGGGCACCAGGGCCCUCCACCCGGGCACCAGGGCCCUCAGUCAGAGCAGUACAACCUGUCUGGACCCCCUGGUUUGACGGUCCGAGAGGGAACGGCCCGCGGUUUGACCAGCAGCAGUCCGGUCAACAGCAGAGGUUCAACGCUCCACCGGGUCCCAGGUUCAACCAGCAGCACCCAAGGUUUGAUCAGCUUGGCCCCAGAGGACCAGGGCCUCGGUUCGGACAGCAGGGACCCCACUUCGACCACCCCCCGAGACAGAGCCCCCCAGCCCGCUUUGAAAGGCCCCCUGGUCCCUCAGCACCUUAUAUAGGCCCACAGCCUAAACCAGACACGGGCAAAGACACCAAACUACCUCAGGGUAAGACUGAGAUGCCAGCAGGCUCCAAGCCUCCUGGUAUUAAACCUACUGGGCAAGCUAAACCAGUAGCAGUCAGUACAACUAAGCAAGGUGAAUUGGCAGAACCAGGGGAUAUGUCAGAGGACAUGUUGGAGUCCCUUGGGAGCUUCUUCGUCCAAAACGACCCCAUCCCUCAGACAAAAGCAGAGGCUGAUGCUGCUGCUGCUAGUAAGGACUCCAAAAAGGAAGAGGUGACCCCCCCUGCUGCUGCCGGUGCCAAGCACCCCCCUCCUGUAACCCCGGAAACCGCUUCCCCUGCCAAGAACGCUCUCAAACCAGGUGGACCGGCCGGGCCGUUGAAGACGAACGUCAGUAACAAUAACGGGCCUCCGGGACCGCAGGGGCCUAAGUCUCACGGACCGGAGCCGCCGAAGACCGACACAAUGACCAACCAACCCGCUGGUCUUCUGGGGCUCAUGGGCCGUGGUAGAGGGGGACGUGGCCAGCCUCUAGGGCCUGUAAGAGGGGAGGAGGACGGAGGGAUGAGGGGAGGGCGAGGGGAGGCGGACGGCGGGAUGAGGGGAGGGAGAGGGCGAGGGGAGGCGGACGGAAGGAUGAGGGGAGGGAGAGGACGAGGGGAAGCGGACGGCGGGAUGAGGGAAGGGAGAGGACGAGGGGAGGCAGGUGGAGGGAUGCGAGGGCGAGGUGGUCUAUGGGGACGUGGAGGGAAACAGUCGGGUAUCCCAGACUUCAGUCCCAACACUAUCGCUCUGGGAGGUGGGAGGACGGACGACGACAUGGAGGGGGUUCCUUACGACUACAGACCUCCACAUGAAGAGAUGCGAUCACAACAUGGAGGACCAGAGGAGGACUGGCAGGACUGGCAGCAGGACCCUUCCCUGGAGAAACCUGAAGGUCCUCCUCUGCCUGAAGAGGAGAUGUGGGUCCCUGAAGAGCACUACUACCCUCCAGAGGACUACUACGAAGACCCAGGGAGAGGAGGUCCCCCUAUGGGGAGAGGAGAGCCUCUAGAUGGGCACCACUGGGAGGAAGCAGAUCCCCCACCUCCAGAGUACUGGGGAGAGGAAGGAGAUCCCUACUGGAUGGACCGGAGGCCCCCUCCUCAUGGCAUGAGAGGAGGCCUCCGAGCCCUGUUCCCCCCUGGGCGUGGUCGCCCCCCACGAGGCAGGCCCGGCUUCAUGCACCAGGGUGGUCCCAGACGCCCCCUUCCUCCUCCACACGGAGCCAUGGACCCCCAUGAACCUCUCGGAUCCCCCAUGGGGCCUGACGAUGACAUGGACCCUCUGGGACCCCCGCUGCAUCGGGACUACAACCCCAGAGGGCCCAUACACCACGAUAUGAUGGAGCGAGACAUGAGGGGACGGCCUCCUCCACCUAGAGAGAUGAUGGACAGAGAUCUGAUGGGGCCUGGUGGUCAUCCUCCAUAUCACGACAUGGAGAUGGACCCUGGCUGGCCCCCGGGCCCCGGACGACCCCCCCACCUCGGCCGGGACGGGCCGAGAGGUCCCCCUCCGCCUCCCCAUGAGAUGAUGGAGCGGGGAGGGAUGAGGAGGCGUCCGUUGGGACCUCGGGGCGCCCCAAUGGGCCGGGGCGUGAUGCGGCACCCACCUCGCUCACUCGAGGACUUGGAGGGGUACCCCCAUGAGGGGUAUGGGGAGGGGUUUGGUGGUCCCGGUGAUGAUGGGUAUGGAAGAACGCUGCCGCCACGUGACUGGCCGGACCACCCCUCUCAUGAGUACGACUGUGAGGAGGAGUAUUAUCCCCAGGAGCCUCCUCGUGUUGGGGUGUGGGACAGGGAGAGAGGAGGACCACUACCGGAGAGGGACUAUUCUCCCUACCCUUCCCGUGGUCCUCCACCUCCCCCAGACCGUUUCAGAGAUGACGAGUGGGCCGAUGAGAGAGACCGAGACCGUCCUCCAUACCCCUACGAGGGAGACAGAGAACGUCCUCCAUACCCCUAUGAGGGAGAAGAGCGUGGAAGAGGAGGAGAGCUUCGAAGUCGAGACUUCCCGGACGACCCUUCGUACAGGCACGAUGAACGCUCCUACCCAUCCCCUGCUGAAUGGGAGAGACCCAGACCACCCCUUCCAGAGAGAAACUACCCCCCAGAUUUUGAGGACCAUAGGCCCCAUUACGACGGGCGACCCGAGCCCUCUAGAUCAGAUCAAGGUAUCCCUCCAUCCACCCCUUCUCAGGCCCCUGCUCCUCCCAGUACUGGACCAGACAGUUCUCAGGAACCAGCUUCACAGGGAACUGGACCGGGCAUACUGGCUCUGUCACAACGACAACAUGAGAUCAUCCUGAAAGCUGCCCAGGAGCUGAAACUUAUCAGGUCUGUUUCUCUGGUACUGAACAGAGAAAUGCAGGAGAAUAAGACUGAGGGAGAGGCCCUACCCAUCACGUCUGACCCCAAGACGGAGCUCCCUGCUGGGCUACUGGGGCUGGAGAUCCCCCCUGAGGUCCGGAGUGCCCUCCAGGCAACCAAUCUUAUGUCCAGCUUGGCUCCUACUAAACUGACAUGGGGAGACACCAAGCCUCCAGAUACUGGUUACGUGUCCACGGCUCCUCCAGUCACCCCCAAGACUGUCGACUAUGGACAUGGACAUGACCUCGGUGCUGCCACGGUGGAGCGGAUCUCUUACGGUGAAAGGAUUGUGUUGAGACCCGAUCCCUUACCUGACAGAGAGAGAGAGAGGAGCUAUGAAAAAGAACCCCUGGGCCCCCUGAGAGACCCCUACCACAGAGACCUGUACUACGACAGACGACCGGUGAGCCCCUACAUGGAGCGCAGGGAGUACAGCAGGGAGAGGGAGAUGUACAGAGAGAAAGCUCCCAUGGACUUUGAAAGAGAACCAUACGAGAGGGAGCGCUAUCCGCCUCGAGAUGACAGACCACCCCCCGGCCAUCCUCCACCUCGCCCGGGCUUCAGGGAGAGGGACAUGAGGGAGGGCGGCCGGACCAGUAGAGAUGGAGAGGAACCUUAUGGAAGGCCUGGGGGUUACGACAGACCUCCGUACGAGCGUGGGCCUGAGCGUGGGCCUGAGCGCUUCGAUCAUGGUGCUUCACCAUACGGCGAACGGAGGAGUUACCCAGAAGAGAGAGGAGGCGGCCCCACGUCGUCCCACCCUCCUCCCCCACCGGCUGCUCCUCCUUCCAGGAUCGAGAAGAAACCGGAGACCAAGAACGUGGAGGAUCUUCUCAAACUACCAGGCCGAGACACUCGUCCAGAAAGGAUCGUCAUCAUAAUGAGAGGCCUACCAGGAAGUGGUAAAAGUCAUGUGGCCAAGCUGAUACGGGACAAGGAGGUGGAGUGUGGAGGGGCUCCACCCAGAGUGCUGGGGUUAGACGACUACUUCAUGACGGAGGUGGAGAAGAUGGAGAAGGACCAAGAUACAGGGAAACGAGUCAAACUUAAGUGUCUGGAAUACGAGUACGAAGCGGAGAUGGAAGACACGUACAGGAACAGCAUGCUAAAAACAUUCAGGAAGACCCUAGACGACGGCUUCUUCCCCUUCAUCAUCAUCGACGCUAUCAAUGACAGGGUUAAAUACUUUGAUCAGUUCUGGAGUGCUGCCAAGACUAAAGGCUUCGAGGUGUACUUGGCUGAAAUCUCGGCAGACUAUCAGACAUGCGCUAAAAGAAACGCCCACGGCCGGAAGAUGAGGGAUAUUCAAAAGAUGUCCAGUAACUGGGAGUCGUCACCACGUCACAUGAUGCGGCUGGAUGUCCGUUCCCUGCUUCAGGAUGCUGCUAUUGAGGAGGUUGAGAUGGAAGACUUCAAUCCUGAUGAUGAGACGCUGAAGAAGCCCAAGAAGAAUAAGGAGGAGGAGGAAGAAGACGUUAAGGGUUACAUUCCACAAAGCAAAUGGGAGAUGGACACUUCUGAUGCGAAACUAGACAAGCUGGACGGCCUGGUGAUGGGGGGGAAGAGGAAGAGGGAGGGAGACGACUUUCAGCUAACGGACGACUACGCCACUCGCCACUCUGAGCCUGGCAAGAAGAGGGUUCGCUGGGCUGACCUCGAAGAGCAGAAGGAUGCAGAGCGCAAGCGUGAUAUCGGCUUUGUGGUGGGUCAAACAGACUGGGAGAAAAUCACCGACCAGAGCGGACAGAUAGCUCAGAGAGCUCUCAAUCGCACUAAGUAUUUUUAGUAACAGAAGAUCACUGCCCUCACCCCCUGCUUCCUGGUUUAUAGGUCUGCAGACUGAAUAUCAGACACACUCUACAGGCCGGCGUUUAGGAAAUCCGUAGCUGUUUAUUCCAUUCUUAGAAUACAGGAUAUAGCUUUCUGUUGAUGUUCAUUUAGAAUUAUGUGUAGUUUUUAUUUUCUUUCGUCCUAUGCUUUUCGAUUGGUAAGUUGUUUUUUGCACCAGUGUGCUUCUCAUUUUAUACUGUACAAGCUGUAACGUCUACGUGUAUGUUAGCACUGUUGCUUAUUUUAAGAAAUAAACUCAAGAAAACAAUAAAAGGUUUCACACACACAAAAACAAGCAGGAGAGUCUCGUGUGAGUGGUCAUAUGGGCUACGUCAUGGAGAGUCUUCUGUGAUGUCUGUUUUCAUGUGGACCACAUUCAGUAGAACCUCAAAGAUACAAACCUAAUUUUAUGGUGAUAUAUUUUUUUGUCUCUUCUUUUUUUUUUUUUCAAAGUUACGAACAUUUCAGUAUUUCAAAAACAACCUCCAUUUCCCUCUGUGUUCGUAUCUCUAAGGCCCUACUGUGUUACAGGAAGUAAGUAGCAUAGGUUAGAGUGACGGAACAGGAACAGGAAGGUUCUUGGUUCAAGCCCCGAGCCUAGCGAGGAAGUGGAAACUGGACUGCUGGUGUCUGAGUCACUGGCUGCCAUUGUGCCCAUGAGCAAGGAACUCUCAAACUGCUACACGGAGGCUGCACUGUGUCUUACCCUUUGCGCCUCAGUGCAUGUGUGUGUUGGGGGGGGGUGGGGGUUGGGUAAUGCAAAAUGAAAUGAGUUUUCAGUACUCAAUCAAACCACAUAGUAUCACUGUCUUUAAUUUGAUUUUAAUUCAAAAAUCUGUUACCUCAUUUGCAUUUCACAUAAUUUAAUCUCCUAAACUUUAAGAAAGUUCACACUCAUCGUUUCUUGCAACAAAUAAAAUACUGAAUUGAAAGUCCAGUAUAUAUUUUGUGCCGUUACAUGAUCUUACAAAUAAAUAAACAAUCCAUGACAGUCACGCAGAAUCACCUUGCUUGUGAAACACAACCAAACGUCUAGAAGUUUCUGAUAAUGGGCAAUUCUACACUAUCAACUUGCUAACUGAGGCAAACGACGUGUUCCUGAUAGGUAUCGAGCCAAAAAGAAAACUAAACCAUCAAUGGUCACCUCUCUUUUUUUUUUUUUUUUUUUUUACAGUAGGCUCUCGUCAGCAAUAUCAAGCAUUACCGGGCCCUAACUCCACUAAGGGGCUUUCUCCUUCUUCUGUAUUCUCGUCACAUGACUUUUAUUCCUAUUGCUAAUUAGACUGAAAUAAAUUCUGACUACACAGAUAUAAUCCAGACUGUCUUGUUUCUGACCUGUCAAUCUGAGAUUAUCAUGCAGUGGUUAUAUGAUCCUGUUGAGUGAAUAUUGUCAAUUAUGACAAUCUGAGAGGAAUACACUGUAUCCUGUAGUUGUGAAUGGUUGUUGAAUGGCAUACUGUACCAAAUGUUCUGUACUGUAGCUCAAAGACUGCAUCCCAAAUGACUCCCUAUUCCCAUUCAUAGUGCACUACUUUUUGACCAGAGCCCAUAGGAGCUGUCUCUGCACUGCCACCUGUUUCACUGUAUAGAAGGACAUACUUCUCUUUUUAAAUUUAAACAACUGGUCUAUACUCUUAGUGCCCCCAAAAAAAACUGUUUUAGCAUGGGCAGCGUCCAUUGAGGACUAUCACCAUUUUGAAGUAGUCAAAUUGGGUGAGACCUUCCUAUGGGUUAAGGAAGGAUCACACAAUUGUAUUCUGGUUAUCACGAGAGAUCAGACAAAUGAAUAUACUUGUGAGGAAAUGUUCCAUAACUCUAGAUGGCGGUACGUCACCAACCUCGUCUCUAUACCUGUACAAACAACGCACUCUAGAUGGCGGUACGUCACCCACCUCGUCUCUAUACCUGUACAAACACAGUCCAGGUGGCGGUACAUCACCAACCUCGUCUCUAUACCUGUACAAACAACACAGUCCAGGUGGCAGUACGUCACCAACCUCGUCUCUAUACCUGUACAAACACAGUCCAGGUGGCGGUACGUCACCAACCUCGUCUCUAUACCUGUACAAACAACACAGUCCAGGUGGCGGUACGUCACCAACCUCGUCUCUAUACCUGUACAAA